AAUGUUCAUUCUUCUUUUGCUGACACCCACAAUGUAACUGCCACUGCUGGUGACUCUUUCGUCCGUUUUGAGAAAAGUACAUUCCGUAAACCCAAAGAAUCUUCUAACUUUAGCUCACACUCGAUCCAAGCAAUCGUUUUUGAGGUGGAAGAUAGAGAGGCAAUUGGGGGUUCAGCUUAUGGGGGACAAAGAGCUGUUUGUUGCACCGCAGAUCUUGCAAAACUCGGUGUCUGUUCAGAAGGAGAAAUUAUUCAUCGCCCUUCCACAAAGAAUCCUGGCUGGCCUAAAGUGUUCGGCGUCUCAUUUAGUAAAGAUGAUGAGGUUACAACAUUGCCAUUAAAAUCUAUACAAAUUACUAAAACUGGGAUGUAUAACUUGUACUUCAUUCACUGUGAUUUAAAUCUUAAAGAUUUGAUUGUUGAAGGGAAAACUGUAUGGAAAAACCCUACUGGCUAUCUGCCUGGUAGAAUGGCACCUCUGAUGAACUUCUAUGGCUUCAUGUCCCUCACUUUUGUGAUCCUCGGAAUCUUUUGGUUCCUGCAAUAUGCAAGAUUUUGGAGAGAAGUUCUUCCUUUGCAAAAUUGUAUAACAUUAGUGAUAACCUUUGGCAUGCUUGAGAUGGCUCUUUGGUAUUUUGAUUACGCUGAGUUCAAUGGGAGUGGAACCAGGCCUGUUGGAAUCACCAUGUGGGAAGUCACCUUUGAUACUAUUAAACGUACAAUUGCACGAAUUAUUAUUUUGAUGGUUUACAUGGGUUAUGGUGUUGUGAGACCUACUCUUGGUGGCCUUACUUCAAAGGUAACCAUGCUUGGAGCAACCUUCUUUCUGGCAUCUGAAAUUCUUGAGCUGGUAGAAAAUGUUGGUGCUGUGAGUGAUCUUUCUGGAAAGGCAAGACUAUUUUUGGUUCUUCCGUUUGCAAUCUUAGAUGCCUUCUUCAUUCUUUGGAUAUUUACUUCUCUCUCUUCAACUUUAAAUAAACUUCAGAAGGAUGGUGGCAAAGCUGGAUAUAUACAGGAAGUUCACAAAUGCAUUGGUAGUAGCAGUUAUUGUCUCUGUCGGUUGGAUUUUCUACGAGAUUUACUUCAAGGCAAAUGAUGUUUACAACGAGUAGUGGUAGAAUGCUUGGAUCAUCCCAGCCUUCUGGAAAAUCUUAUCUUUCUCUCUGCUAUGUGUCAUCUGUGUUCUUUGGGCUCUUUCUCAGAAUUCUACGCAGUAAAUAUCUAACUUAUUGAGCCCUAACCUUCUCUUUCUGCCUUUCCUUUUCUGCUACGGUUGUUUAUGAACUGUUUUAUGGACAUUCAAAAUGAAAGAAGAAAAAACUUCAUACUCACACCCUCAAUUGUUUAAUAUAUUUCCUGAUCGUUAAUAAAGGUAAAACUCGGCAACUUGAGAUGUCUGUGUAGGCUUGAUUACUUGUUUAAUUUGUAGCUAGUUCCUCUGUGUUACGGAAUUUAAAGAUGUAUGGCUGUUUUAUAUUGUGGUUGA